AUGUUCCAACAUUUGAAGAACGCACUAGUUGAUAAACUUGAUGAACAACGUACACAAGAACGUUAUUGUACAAUUAAAUGGGAAGAUACAAGAAAAAUCGAAAUUAUUGAACAAAAAUAUAUUCGUCUACGACCAUUACAAGAUCUUGAAGAUAAUGUAACUUAUGAGAUUUAUAUUGAUGGUGUAAAACGUCAUGGAACAGUUCUUGCUCAUGGUACAAAACAACAUUGUGAAUUUAUUCUAAACAAAUCUUCGCCUCAUGAAUCAAAACAUCAAGUUGAAAAAAACAAUUCGAAUCGUCUCGAUGAUUUAUUUUUGAUGAGUAUUCUUGCAAAAUUAGUCAAUAAAACUCAAUCCGAUGAUACUAAUGAUGAUGAUUAUGAUGUUCAUGAUGCUAAAUGUGCUGCAUGUAGAAUGAAACCCAUUCGUCAAGUUGAUCGAUAUCAUUGUUUAGAAUGUACAUCACCAACUUAUGAUUUAUGUGGACGUUGUUUUGAAAGACGUUGUCAAACAGGAAAACAUUUUAAUGGUCAUGCUAUGGUUCAUUUUAAAUUACCAAAUGAAGUUUUAGGAAUACAAUUUAAUAAUAUUGACAAUGAAGUUAAUUUAAAUAGAUUAAGAAAUUUAGAUACACUUCGAUAUGAACGACAUGAUGAUAUAAAAUGUGAUGGAGUUUGUCAGAAAAAAAAUUUCAUUGGUUUACGUUUUAAAUGUGAUACAUGUCCAAAUUAUAAUUUAUGUGAAACAUGUGCAAUUGAUAAACAUAUUUGUACAAAAAAUCAUGAAGAAAAUCAUCCAUUAAUUUUAACUUCGAAUAGAGUUAUGCCAAAUAUCGAUCCAGAUGAUAUUGAAAUGGGAGAAGUUUUAGGUAGAGGAUCAUUUGGUUAUGUAUGUAAAGCAAUAUGGCGGCCAAAAAAUCGUCAAGUUGCUUGUAAAGUAAUUGAAAUAUCUGAUAGAUCAUCAACAUCAGAUCCAAAUCAUCGAAGUUUUCUUCUUGAAUUAGCUGCAUAUCGAGAAUUAUCAGGUCCAUAUAUUCUUCGAACAUUUGCAUAUGCAACUCGUGAUAUACCAGCAAAUCGUAAUCGUGGAUCAAAAACUCAAUUUAUGAUAAUAAUGGAAUUAAUGGGACGUGGAAGUUUACAAGAUCUUCUUGAAAAUCAACCAAAUCAAUUAUCAUUAAGACGUAAACUAGCCAUGUCUCGACAAAUUGCAUCAGGUAUGAGACGUAUUCAUCAACAUGGCAUGAUACAUCGUGAUAUUCGACCAGAUAAUAUUCUUAUUACUGAUAAUUAUGUCGCUAAAAUUGGUGAUAUGGGUAUUGCUCGUGUUCUUGAUCCAACUGGUCAACAAACUCAAUUAGGUUGUAUACAAUUUAUGCCACCAGAAUUUUUUCGUGAUGUAUCUGAUGGACAUGUUAAAUGUGAUGAAAAAUUAGAUAUAUAUACAUAUGGUGUUACAUUAAAUCAAUUAUUUACAGAAAAAAUGCAUCAUUUUCGUUUUUCUUCAUCCUUGCCAUGUAUUACAAUAACUAAGCAAAGUCCAGUUUUUUAUGAUGAAAUUAUUUCAAGAUGCUUAGAUGAAGAUUCAAAACGACGACCAACUGCUAUUGAAAUUGAAAAAACUUUGGAAUUCUAUGAACAAGCUUUCUUGAAAACAAUGAAUUCAGAUUCUUAUAUAAAAAUGACUAAACAACAAAAAGAUAAAGUUUUUAUUGAAUUUUAUGAAAAAAAUAAAAUUCAUAUGCAACGUUUUGUUAAAGAAAACUUUCCUCAACAAUUCAUACGUGAAAUUCCAAUUGAAUUUAUAAAUAAACCACAACAACAACCAAUAUCUAAUGAACAGUCAAAUGAAAUGUGUCGUGUUAAUUAA